GCGUGCUAGGUGCCAUGGAAACAUCUCCUGGUGGUAACUCAGCCCUCAGCUUGUGCAAGGUGCCUUCACAGGGAAGUGCUGGCUGUGAGCAGUCCUCUUUUACUAUGAGUUAAUUUCUACCUUCCACCAGCUCUGGAGGGAAACCACUGAUUAAGGCAAUGCCUAGCAAUUAUCCUGUGAUAAGUUAAUUGCAGAGCAACAGCCCCAUGGCUGCGGUGAUCUCUGGCCAGGCUGUACGGCUUUGUGGAGGGGAAGAAAGGUGAUGGUGUCUUGGAGCAGCCCAGCUGAAACACUGGCACUCUGCUGCAGCCUAACAUGGGAGCGGGCGCCUCCCUUUCCAUUUGUCAAUCAUUCUCUUCUAUACAAGUUAGGCACACAACAAAUAAAGUUUCACCAGAGCUACAGUUCAGCAGAGAAAAAAGCACAUUUGGUGUUCCUCUGGAAAGCCUUGUAGAGGAUGCAAAGCAAUGUGGGGUUCCUUCUCUUGUGACACAGAUGGUGGAGUACCUGGAGGUGUUUGGUCUGGAGCGUGUCGGUAUAUUUCGGGUUGGUGGCUCAGCAAAUAAAAUCAAGGAAUUAAGGCAGAAGUACAAUCAAGGGGAAAAAGUAGACCUUAUUAAUGAUGGAGAUGUUGAUUCUGUGGCCAGUCUCCUGAAGCUCUUUCUGAAAGAACUACCAGUGGCUGUUUUUCCAGACAAUAUUUGUUCUGGCUUGCUAAAAACUUUCCAAGAACACAAAAUCAACACAACAGAAUGCAUAGAGAACCUGAGACAGUUGCUCAGCUGCCUGCCCAAAGCCCAUCAAAACCUUCUUCAGUUCCUGUCUGCUUUCCUGUUAAAGGUGGCAACCUACAGUGCAGUUAAUUUCAUGACUCUGGAAAACCUGGCCAUCGUGUUUGGACCUGCUCUAUUCAAGAUUCCUGUCAGUCCCUUGGCUUGUGAAGAGCAAAGGCUUUACAAUGGCCUCCUGCUGUAUUUGCUCCAACACCAGGAGAUGCUUUUUGUUGGCCUGGACCCUUGUUUCUCACAGAGACAAGAAGAUGGCCUUCAGGCAAGCAACACAGAAGAUGCAGGAGGGGACAGACUCACAUUGCUAAGCAUUCAGGAUAAGUCCUUCAACACGACAGCUUUAGCAGAGUGUGACGGGUAUUCAGACUCUGUGCAUGAAGAUCAAGCAGGCAGCUCCAGUCCCAGAGACGAUGAUAACAAAGAAAAUUACCCGGCCAACUCUGCUGUCUUAGAGGAAAGGCAGCUGCCUUUGCAAGACACCCAGCAGCACAAGCAGCAGGUUUUAACUGACUGCACUCUAAAGCCCGAAAUGGGCAACUUAAAGCUGAGGAAACCUAAGCCCAUUGCAAAGCUAGAAAAUGGAAAAAGCCAUGAGGAAAAUCAGGAGCUGGAGUGUGCAUUGCCAGGCCUCUCAGAGUGGCAGGGGAAGGCUGGAUGCUCAGCUAAUAACUACGCACAGAACGUGGCUUUGAAAUGCCAGGAAGCAGUGGUGAGAUUCCAGCCAAGAAUAGAUCAGAGCACAAGCAUUUCACCAAAAGAAGCAACUGAUCAAUUUAACAGCUUAAAUGAGAAUUCUUUGUUGAAGCUGCAAGCCCUGGAAACUGAUCUGUGCUCUGCAUUUCUGCCAGCCCAGGAGGAAACUCCCCAGCUGCCGGCACCCAAGGACACAGCCCCUUCUCCAGCCCAAAGCAGUGUGCAAGCUGAUGGGGCCAGUUGUGGAGAGCAAUAUCACUUCAUUUCUCCUAUUAUUGAUUUUAAUUUAAUGCAUCAGCAGAGAGAUAGCGAAGAUCCUGUGCCAGCCCACAGGGACUGGCAGAAUGACAUGGAGAGCAGCCCACAGGAGCAUCACUCCCUGGGGACCAGCCGACUGCUGUAUCACCUCACAGAUGGAGACAAUCCUCUCCUGUCACCACGCUGCUCUAUCUUUAGCCAAAGCCAGAGAUUUAAUCUAGACACAGAGUCUGCCCCUUCUCCACCAAGUGCUCAACCUUUCAUGAUGCCCAGAAGUUCUUCCAGGUGUAGCUGUGAAGACUGCAAAGAACCACAGACAGUAACACAGCUUACCAAGCAUCUUCAGAGCCUCAAGAGAAAAAUCAGGAAGUAUGAAGAAAAGUUUGAGCAAGAAAAAAAAUACCUGCCUUCUCAUGGUGACAAGACUUCCAAUCCUGAGGUUCUGAAGUGGAUGAAUGCUCUGGCCAAAGGUCGGAAGCAGCUCAAAGAGCUCAAACUCAGAAUGUCAGAAGAGCAAAACUGUACCUCCACAGUGCCCCAAAGAAAUGAGCAGUGUGAAGACAGUGGCACCUCUAAAGAGGCUGGUACACAGGAGGUCACAAGCAUGGAACCAGCUCCCUCAGUGGAAGAAACCAUGGAGAGUGUGUUGAGACGACUAAAGGAGAAAAGACAGCACUUCAACCUUCCUGAGACUAUUAAGGAUAUGACAAAAAAGCAAAUGGCUUUGGAAAAAAUCAAUCUUCAGAAAUGUCUACUAUAUUUUGAGAGUAUUCAUGGACAACCUGUAACUAAGCAAGAAAAGAGUCUCAUGAAACCUCUUUACGACAGAUACAGAAUUAUCAAGAAACUUCUGGCUGCUCCAUCUUUGAUCACAACAAUUCAGGAGGAAGAAGACUCAGAUGAAGACCAUUCUCAAAGCAGCCAUGAGUUAUCAUCUGGUCCAAUGUCUUGCUUCCCUGUUGAAGAGCACCUGUGUUACUCACAGGAGGAGAGUGAGCCUGCACAUAUUUCACCUCUGGAUGAAAAGAAAGUUUACAGGCAAACAGCCUUGUCAAUGUCCAAUUUACAUGAGGCAACAAUGCCAGUUCUGCUCGAACAUCUCAGAGAAACAAGAGCUGAUAAGAAGAGGCUUCGCAAAGCUCUUCGAGAGUUUGAGGAGCAGUUCUACAAACAGACAGGAAGGAGUCCUCAGAAAGAAGAUCGGGUGCCAAUGGCUGAGGAAUACUCUGAAUACAAGCACACAAAAGCCAAAAUCAGGCUCCUGGAGGUUCUCAUCAGUAAGCAUGAUAUUUCCAAAACAAUCUGAAGUGAAUGCAAUGCUGUGA